UGCGCCUCUGGCCCGCCGCUAAAGGGCAAACACUCCGCAUACGAUCCGACGACUUCCCGCUGACAAACACGCAAAUUUAAACAGUUUUGAACUGGUGGGAAACUCACAGGAACUGGAACCAGUUUGGCACCAGCGGCGAUGCGAUGCUGCAUUCGAAGCUAUCGGAAACUUGAAGCGCGCUGUCACGUGACGGAGGCGAUCAUGGCGUCCUCCCGGACUCGGCUGCUGUGUGUGCGCUCCGGGGCGCUCGGCCUCCUGUUUUACUGCGUUUACGCGCAUCUCAAGGUGGUUCUGAGCGAGGACGCGGAGAGCUGCGAGAACCUGAGGCUCGGACAAUAUAAAUGCAACCAUCCAAAGAUCAACGAAGCCACUCAGGAGCCGGAGAGCUGCAGGGACCUGACGGCGUGGGUGGAGUGCCUCCCGGCUCCGAACAUCAGCUGCCGGCUCUCCAAUGGGACGGUGUUCAGGUUUAGUGGGGACGAGGUCGGCUUCAACAAAACCAUCCCCUGCAGGAAUGUGAGCGAUUAUUCCUACAAAGUGGCUGUGGCGUUGUCUCUGUUUCUGGGCUGGCUCGGAGCAGAUCGCUUCUACCUGGGAUAUCCCGCUCUGGGACUGUUGAAGUUCUGCACUGUUGGUUUCUGUGGGAUCGGCACACUGAUCGACUUCAUACUGAUCGCCAUGCAGAUCGUGGGUCCAGCAGAUGGAUCGAACUACAUCGUGGAUUAUUAUGGCGCCCGUCUGACCCGUCUGUCCAUCACCAACGAGACCUACAGGAAGCCACACCACUCUCUCUGAGCUCACCCGGACAUGAUCUGACAGGACGACGGUCUCUCCAUCAGUCCAAUAAAUUCAAAAACAGCUGAUGGCCCGCGGUGAAGAAAACCCUCCUCGUCUUCAGUUAAAGUCUGUUUGAUCAUCACCAAGUUAUCCAUGAACAGCACUUAUUUGCACUUUGGGAGAUAUUUGGUUUUUUUUUAUUUGUUUGUUUGUGUUGGCUUGCUAACAUGUCGCUCUGCACAUUCCUGCUGAUCAUUGUUAAAACGGUCGAGUUGGAAAACAAAGAUGUUUCACUGCUGUUUGUGUCUUUAAGUUAUUGUUUUUGUAAAUAAAGUUUCUGUUUGUGUUACUCUAA